CAGCAAUCGCCCCUAUAAUCUCUGAUAGAAUAGCUCUAUUAUUUCGGAAUUCUUUUUUUUCGCGUCAUCGAAUAAAUUGACAUUAGCGUCCAAUAAAAAUACCAGCAAAUUUAGUCUGAAAGGGGCAGCAAAAAAGGCAGAAGAAUGUCAAACUACAAGCCAAAUGAAUCCAAGAGGGAGGAAUUCAGGAGAUAUUUAGAGCGUGCUGGCGUGCUCGAUGCUUUCACGAAGGUCCUCGUAAUGCUGUACGAAGAACCUGAGAAGCCUGACGAUGCUUUAGAAUUCAUUCGUAAAUACCUCGGAGGAAUAACUGAGGCGACUGUCGAGGUGGAGGGGCUCCAGAAGAAAUUAGAGGACGUCGAGGCUGAGAACAGAGAACUUAAAGCAAAACUAGCUAAACUGGACCUCAAUGGUGACGAAUAGACUGACUAAAAAUCUAAAUGCGACAACUCAACCAUUCCGCCUAGUCUUAUUUUUAAACUCGAAUGGUCCAUCGAACUUUGUGCCUUAAUAGUAUUAAAGUCCACUUAUUUAGAAAUUUCCCCAUGAGAUUCCAAAAUUUAUGAUAAGUAAAAUUCGUACACACAUUAAGCAAUCGAUUUGCUCAAAUUACUAGCUUCUCAUUGGGAAAUUAGGUGUCCUCAGACGAGAGAAAGUACAAAGUGUUGAAGUUUAUUAACGUUGAUAAAUAUAUAUGAACUGGCCAAUUAUUAUGAAAUUAUUAUAAAAUGACAUAUAAAUAAAUUUUCAUAUUAAGAGUGUAAAGUUUUUGAAUUUCAUUCAAAUUAUUCCAUAAUACAGUGCAUGAGAAUUUAGACAGUUGAAUAUUUAUCAUAAAUUUUAUGUCGCCUUUGCUGCUUGUCUUCUCUUAACGUCCCAAUUAUAAACACGCGCCAUAUUAACUUCAGUUGUUGUGAACUGAUCUCUCACAAAGUCCAAAUCGUGGUCAACAUGAUUGAGAUUUUUUUUAGCAGAGUCGAUGUUCUUUA